GGGUCAAAGUUCUAAAGCUUAGGGAUCCGGGAAGAUUCAGCGAAAGUGCGAGACGAUAGUGUGUUCUAGCUGAUCUGAACAAGACGUAUCUUUGAUAUAGAAGAGGUAUCUCCUAUUUCUUCAAGAGAUCUAUCAUGGAGGGCUCAAACUCACUAAAAACCACCGUCCUGAGAGCUGAAAUGGGCUAUCUUUGUGAGGAACUAGGAGACCCAGUGCGGUACAUACCUAGCCUGAGAUCCAAGGACCUUCUUGAUCAAAAGGACACCGACUUAAUACGGAGCCAAGUAACUAGUUUUCAAAAGACCCAGCAUCUGAUGGAGAUCCUGCUCAGGAGGAGAGGAGACAUGAGUGAGCAUCCAUUAGACAUUCUGACCACAGAGCUAAAGAAGCAGAAGGUCCAAGUACACAUCGCUAGGCGUCUCCAGCGCACACUCAAGAAGAAGCUCAAAGAAUCACAAUCCGAAACAGACGGGCCAGUAGACGGCUAUGAUCAACAGCCUCAUCGUACGUCUAACUCGUACCAGCGCCAGCCGAGCUCAAGCCACUCAUCAUCAGUAUCAGUGGACACACCUUCCCCCCAGUCUGUACAUUCGGCUCAACCACGGUAUGAUAUCAACCCCAACGUUGGUCCCAUCCCUAAUGCCCCGCCUCCUACCACCAUCUCGUACCCUCAGUCGUCAGACGACUACAUAGACCCAGAGCAUGGACAGUGUCCCGGCACACCCCCACCCUCCUCCUCACUAUACGCACAGGACAAUGGCUCCCUCGUGUCAAGCACACCCCCACACCCUCCACAUCACACUCUCAAGUCAGGAAUGCAGUACAUGUCUCUCAACAAUCACAUGUAUAACGGGGGGGACAGCUCUGAAACGGGAGGUCAAUCCACACGCAACAGCUACCCCUCUCUUCUCUCCGAUUCCUCCUACCCGAGUUACUCAACCGAAUCAUCUGACGUUGAAAAAGAGAAAUUACUCGCCACUAUCGAAGAACUCUCUCAGAUGCUAAACGAAGAAAAACGAAAGAACGUGCAAUUGACUAGAGAACUUAUGAAUGCCAAACAGGAGGUGGUUUUUUCCCGACAAGAACUAGCAGCAAGCAGAUCCAAGGCCAUACAAUCCGGUGAUACUAACGGUGGGCGACAACCAGAGUCUGUAGUUAGGCCCGGCACCCUCUUCCCAGUGCAUGAACAACAGAGACAUUAUCGACACAUGUCUCCAGCUCGAGCCGAGGCGAAAUAUUCGACCAGCUCCCAAGGAGACAAUCUCUCGAUGCGAUCUGCUAACAGCAGCACUUCGGUCAAUUCGAACUCCAGCCUUAACAACGUUUCUCGCACUCAACUUCAUAGUUAUGUUUGAACUGCACUCGCCGAACUGUAUUGCUUAAUCAUAUAAUUAUCAUCGAUCGAAUUUACAAAAAAACAACUCUCACACGUUUUGAAACUGAUUUAUCUAUCUAGCGAACACAUAAUAAUUGUAUAUAUAUAUAUGUACGUAUAAGUAAUGUGGACAUUUUUUUUAUCGUUUUCAUUGUACCAAUGAUGUUUAUUUUUGAUUGUGUAAAUAAAACAUUUUUAUGAUUCGAA